CGUUCAGCGAUCUGUGCGGUGUGCAUAUACAACAAUUAAAAAACUGUUUUUUAAAAAUUCAAGUAUGGACGUUUGUACAAAAGGUAAGUGUAUUAAUAAUAGAAUUUUAAUGUUUUUUAUGUUAUAGUUAAUACAACAAUGUCUUAUUUAUUUUGGUUAAUUGUUAUUUUUAAAACUUAAAAAGAUAUUACUAAAAAAUUACUAAUUAUUGCUGUUACACAAUAUGUCUAUUAUAUUAUACAUACUCUUAGGUGUUAAAUUUAUUAAAUUCGUUUAAGUAUACUUGCGAAUUGACUUAACAUAACUGUUUUAACUCAGUAAUAUAUUGUUAGGAAAUUUUAAGAAAAAAGUCUUUUGAAUAAUAAUAUUUUAUUUUAAUGAGUUGUAGUAGUGGUUUUUAACACCAAAAUAUUACCUACUAUGAUUUAUUUAAUUUAUUACGAGGAAAUGGACCAUAAAAUCCCCUGUCUAAACAGUCUAGAGAAUUUUUAUUGAAAUAAUACUAUGUGGGAAAUAUGAUGGGGAAAAUUGGAUGGAAUAUAUAGACCGUAAGGUUACGUCCAAAAGAAUAUCACAAGAUUUAUCAAAUGAAGCUAAAUCUUCAUUGAGUAUAAUGUUAGACGAAACAAAUUUGAACAGUGAUAGUGAGAGUAAUAGGGGUGGCUAUUGUUAACAUAGUUUUAGAUUCUGAGUGGAGCGAAGAAGCCCAUGGUUUUACAAAGAUGUUUAUAUUUUUAUUUUGUUUUAUAUGUGUACAACUUUUCUACCAGAAGACUUGCUCGGAUUUUUAUGUGAAGUACCUUUUCUGAAAUUAAACCGUCAUGGGUACCCUAAGGUCAUUUUUCGGUUUUCUCGGGAGUUUUUCAUCAAAUUUGAAAAACCGAAAAAAAACGGGAAAAUAUACGAAAUAUAUUAAUAUAUUACGAUUUUUUUUUCUUCAGUGUACACAUUUUCUAUCAGCAAUUUUGCUCCAACUUUUAAUGAUAGCAAUGUUUCUAAAAGGAAAUUUCAUUAAAGAGGUACUUUAUAGUUGUCAUUUUUAGAUUUCCCCAAGAGUUUUCCCAACAAAUAUGAAAAACCGGGAUAAAACAUGGAAAAACCGGGAAAACUGGGAAAAUUGGUACAAUAUUAAAAAAAUUUUAUUAAAGAAAAUAUAUAAAUCUUAUUUAAUUAUUUUACUACAAAAUAACAUAUAUAUUAUUGACAAAGCAUCAAUAUCAACUAAACUCCGCUCAGAAUCGUUUUUUCAUAAGCAAUAGUUUAUUAUUGCUUAAGAUAUACAUUAAAUUCCCGUCUACAUCCUUCCUUCCCAGCUUUCCACCUUCACCAGUGGCUGCACCCGUCCCCAUUAUCCUACCUUUCUAUUUUUGUUAUUCUAUUACAACGUUAAAUAUUAAUUAAAGUAUUUAAUUAAAAAAUAUAUAAUGUCCCCUUAUAUACCCUUAAUUAGGAGCCAAUCAAAAAACGUAUGCAAAAUAUUUAAAAAUGGUUAAAAUGAAAGAGGUGUUAAUUAAUUAUGUAAGUCAAUUUACGAUUCAGAUCUGCACUGUGUAACGCCGCGGAUAUUUGCCGUUUUUUUUUUUUUAAUUUUGAUUUCGGUUUUAUCAACUAUUUUUUGUAAAUCCCUUGGAAUAUCAAAUAAAUAACCUACCAAAUGCACCAACAAGAUCCAAAAUUCAACAAAAAAUUCUGUUGUUUUUUUUUGAUUGGAGCAAGAUUUCUGGUUGAAAAGUUGCUCACGUACACAAAAACUACAAAAAUACAAAAAAUUCGCCCUGCUCCGAAUCUAAAACGCACAUCAUUGUCAAACCAAUAGAUCCCUCGCUCCGCUCAGAUUCUAAUCCCAAAUAAAUAAUAACUCGGUACCUAAUACUUAUUACACUUUUAUUACCUAUAUCAGCCUAUUUAUUACUUAAUAAAUAUAAAUUACAUGUCUUAAUAAAAAUAACAUGCGCAAACUGUACACUUCACUUUAUAGGUAGGUACCGUUGUUAUAAUACCUAAGUAAUAACACAGCGGUUUCUGUAAUCUUUUGUUUAUGAAUGGGAUUAUGGGUACUCUCGAAUUGCCUCCCGAAUUCAGAUUGGUGACCUUUUUUCAUUCGAAUUGCCUCCGGGUGUUUUCCGAAGCAAUUCGAGUAUACUCAAACAGUCCACUCGAAUUACCUCCCUUAGCAUACCUAGAUUAUUAAUUAACACAUCCAUAGUUGACGUGUACUAUCGGUUAUUAUAUUGAUUUCCGUAAUGUUCAAAAAUAUUAUUUUUAUUAUUUAUAAUAAUAUAUUACAUAUACAGUGUUCCCCAGACAGAUUAAUUUGUCAAACGCAAUAAUCUUAUCGAUAACUGAUUAUCAGUAGAUUUUUUUUUUUUUUGCAUAAGGCAUCAGUAGAUUAGUUGGCUAUAUAAUUAUUUUUUUGUAUUAAUUUUUAAAACAUACAAUUUUGUUACGGUAAGUUCAUAUACUUAUUUGAUUUUUUGACAUCGAUUUAUUGCCUAAUACCGUCUACUGAUGGUAUGUGUGUGUACUAAUGUCGUGUACCUAAUACCUAUGUAAAAUUGUUUUUAGUUUUAAAAAAAUCGAAAUGGAAAUCGAUUCCGAUACCAGAAGGUCACUGAUCUAAAAUAGGAGGCGAUUCGAGUGAAUGAUAUUUUUGAAAUCGGGAGGCAAUUCGAGUAACCUUUUGACAAAAAAAAUUCACGGGAAGCGAUUCGAUUCGGUCAGGUGGGAGGCGAUUAGCGUGCGCCCGGGAUUAUUGACAAUGCGGACUCGACCGACUCCUCGCCGUACCGUUUCGCCGCUAUCCCCGUUCGCCGUUAUAUUAAUUUUCACCGCGAAACCUUUUUUUUUUUUUUCGUUUAACACCUAACGCCUUAACUCAUUUGUUUUUAAGGCGUGCGAGCGAGAUCUCCACUAGUAUAUAUAGGUCUAUUAGAGGCACUUUACAUUCAAAGUGUUGAUGAUGGGAAAGUGGUUUUAAUGCCACACAACUCGGCAAACUAGUCCCCUCCAUAGUUUGAAUCGUUUCAAAUGGUCGAUGGGUCCCCUUUUCCGAUCCCUGAUUUUAACAAUAUAGAUUAAUAAAAUGCUUAUCGUAUGCUAGAUAGAUAUUUAAAAUGUUGAACUUCCAUAACUUCACAUUAUGUAAAAUAAUUUACAAUUGUUUAGAAUGUCACCAAGUAAGAAUAUACCAAUAAUAUAUUAUACAUAGUUUAUACUUCAACGGUACCUACUCAUUAUUACCUUACGUGGUGGUAUAGAUUUUAACCUCGGACUAAGCAAGGUGUAUUGUUCAUAGAUACUAUAGGUCCCACAGUAACCAGUGUAAGCCUCCCGCAGCACCGUAGUGUCAAUGACGUCACCCGCCGGCGUAGGUAUGUGUCCGUAUGCCAUAUUGCCGACUUACCGUGUGCACCAACUAGAUCGAGAAUGAAAAAAAAAAAAAGAUCUUUUCGUUGUUUUUAUUGGCGCAAUAUUUCUGGUAAAAAAGUUGUUUACAGACACACACGUAAAUAUGGAAAAGCCAAAAUCAACAGAAACCGUGGUUGUUGCGUACGUAUUUCUGUUUUCUGUCGUUUUUUUCUGGUUUCCCCUCAUCGUUGAAAAAAAGUGCCCAGAAAAAUCGAAAAUCGUAUAGUACGCGCGCGCUUAUAUUAUAAUUUAUAAUUAUUAUACUUUAUUGUUAAUAAUAAUAUGACAUAGGUAUUAGUAUAAUAUUACGAUGUACAUGUACUGAUUGCCAUUGCCCAUUGGAAUGGAAUUACAAUAGUAGGUACCCCCACCGUCUACUUACGGUUCGCAUUGUACAUUUUUGUAAUAUUUUCAUUCGGGAGAUUGAACAAUAUAAAAAUCUUUGAUUAUGACAAUUAUCUAUAAUCAAUGAUAAAAAAAUAAAUAAAAAAAAUAUACCAUAGGUUAUUAUGCGUGGUACUAUUAUUUAUAAUUAUGAAUAGUAAACGAUAUGAACACGGACGACUGCGAAAUACAUAUAGCAAAUAACACGGUUAUUAUCUUAUCGAUAAUAUUAUUUUUAUAUUCGACUGCGGAUCGCGGCGCAAUUGUAAAAGUAUAAAUAAAUAAUACAGUCACGCGAAAAUUCAUUCCCAACGCUGCCGCUGCGUUGUGGCGGAGGGGAGCGCCGCUGAUUACGACGGCGUUGGAAUUCACGGUGCCGCUUGGAGCAGCACAUGCCGGAACAAAAUUAACAUUUUACGACGUAAAAACAUGUUUACGCAAAACAAACGAAACGGCAUUAAAAAUGCGUUUCAGAGUAAAAACACCUAUUAUGAGAUUUAUAAAGAAGAAUGUUUUGGUGGAGACAACCUCAUAAAGGUUUUGUAAUAUUUUUAAUAUACAGGGUCGAUAUAAGAGGUUUUCAAAACCGUUUUUUUUUUUUUUACAUUUUUUAUGUGAUUGUCACUUUUUUAAUAUUGAAUAUUUCUGAAAACGCAUGUGAAAUUCCCUCCGAAAUAUUGUUAUCUAUAAAUUUCAUAAUAGUUAUUUUUACUCUAAAACCACCUUUUAAUGUCGUUUCGUCUAUUUUUCGUGAACGUGUUUUUAACGCUGAAAAUGACCGGUAUGACGGUAGUCUUAUAAGACACACUAGGGUAUAAAACAAUUUUUAACAUAAAGUACAAUAUUUUUUUUUUUUUUUUUUUUUUUUUUNAUUAUGGAAAAAAAAAAAAUAAUAAAAUAAAAAUAAAAAAGGCGAGAUCGACAUGAGGAAGUAAUCACCCAGCGGCAACACUUACUGACUAUAGAGGGCUAUUAUAGGUCACGGUUCCAGUUACGUUUUAACCUUCUAGGUGGAUUACCUGGAAUGGAAUUGGAGUUUAGGGCACGGAUUAGUAGAUUAGAGUGGUUUGUAAGACGCGCGCGGAAAAGUCUAUAGGCAAUUUUGGCUUCUUAGCCAAAGUACAAUAUUAAUUUUAUUUCUAAUAAAUAAUUUAUGAAAUAGUUCUUAAAAAUUAUUUGUGUUUAGUCAAUCCCAAUAUAAUUAUGCUACUGGGGAAGCUACUGCUUCCGGACAUUUUUUUACCAAUUAAAUACCACCUUUUUAGUAGAAUCACUCAAUAUAUUACCCACUACUUCUCUUUUCUUCUUCAUUGUCUUGCCUUCCUUCCUUAAUACCUAUUUCUAGUUUCUCCUCAUAACAUGUCCAGAGAAUUUCUUCUUGUUCAGCUUUUUAAAUGAAAUCAUAAUUAUUCCUCUUUUGUAUUAGAUGUAUUAUUGCCAUAUAUUAUACAGAGUGUAAUAUUUUGUGUAAUUUUUUACUAGAACGGAACUAUAAUGGUUAGGAUAGCUAUAGUUAAUUAAACCAUUUGUGAUGUGUAUAAUCACUGAACAAAGAACUGAUAAAAUAUUUUUUAAUAAAUGUGUAGUACUAUGUAUACCUAACCUUGACACGGGGAGGAUUUAGGGAUUCAACCCCCCCCCCUUACAACAUGGAAAGUAUAUAAAUGUAUUAUUAUGUAUGUACUAUUUUUUAAAUUAACUACAAUAUGUAAAUAUUACGAUAACUCCCCCCCUCCAUUAAAAAUUCCCCGCGUCGCGUAUCAUAUAUUUCAGAAUGUACAGGUGUAUACCCGAAACAAUCUUUACGGCUACACCACUGUAUGUAUGCAAGAAGUAGUAACUAAAAAUGUACCACACUAUUUUAAAUACAUAAUAAAAGUACAAAUUAAACAAUAAUACUAAUGAAUGUACAAACGAAAACGAAAACGCACAUACCAUUUAACAUUUCACUGUAAUACGCGGCCAGCGGAUGUCAAGAAACAAUUAUUUUGUUUAUACGGUGAGUGACGUCAUGGCGUUUUUUCUCCCACUACUACUUUUUGAAAAUGUCAAAAUGAGGCGACCUAUAGUAUCUAUAAACCUUCCGGAUCGAGAUCUCAUGAUUUAUGAAAAAAAAGUCGGUGAUUUUAACGCAAACCAUAUGGGUACACUAGUGCAGUCCACGGUUUAAGAUACAAACGAUAUCUUAAAUCGUGGUGCAGUCCGAUGGAAAACACCUUGUUAUUAUCAUAUCUGGGAUUUUUUUCAUUGAUUAGUGAUAUCUGAUAAGUGAUAAUAACCAAAACAGACUCACGUUGUUUACACUCCUUAAAAUAUUAAAAUAUUCGAAGAAAAAAAGCAAUACUUAAUUUCCAUAAUUUAUAAUUAAUUGACUUUUAAAAAAAUUUUAAUUCAAUAUUUUUACGCGAGCAUUAAAAGCUCGUAUUAUUAAUUGCUUAUAUUCAUUUUACUACAUUUCUUCUUGUAUUAGCACGUGUUUAUGAGUAAAAUUAUAAAGAACUAAUUAUGUUUACUUCAGUGAUGAAUCAAAAAUAUGUUCUCUUCGAUAUUUUACUGUAGCUGUGCGUGUUCAUUAAUGAAUCCAUACAGUUUUUAAUCAUGAAUCAUGCAAGUAAUUGGUUUGAUAUAUGUGACGAGCAAGCCAAAAUCAGUGCCGAACAACUAGUAUCAUCUUUUUCAUCUCGACCAACAACUCGACAGGAAGUACUUGGUCGUUUUAUUAAAGUGUUUGCUACUCAUUUUAAACGUGAGUGUGAUAGAUAUGGUUGGCCAGACAACGAUUCGGGUAAUAGCGAUUCGGAUACGGAGUCCAUGAUCACCGUUAAGAAAAAACCUUUUUUCAGGUAAGUUGAAUUAUGUAACUCAUGAAAUGAUCUGCACUUCUCGGAUAUUUAUAAAUUAUUUAUUUUCAGACGAAUGUCAUUUAGAGCUCUUCGUCCGUUGUUUCAUAAACAGCAUUCUGAUGAAGUAGAACUUGAUGCUGCAUCUAUAGUGUCUCAAAGACCAAUGAAAUGCAAAAAAAAGUUAGCAAAAAUUAUUGUGGAGUGCCGCAAAGAAGGUAUUGUAAACUAUCGAUUGGGCGAGUCAAUUGAUGGCGGUGAACCUAAAUGGGAAAAAGCAAGACUGGCUUUAGUUAAAAAUUCUGAUGGUUAUACCCUUGAAUUUUACUGUCCUCCUAAGGUAUAUGAUUUUACAACUUCUAUUUAGACUAUUGUUAUAUAAAAAUAACAUUAAAAUUAUAAAUAAAAUAAAAUCUGUGACCAUUUAAGUUUAAAAAUCUUAACACUUUUUUUCCACAUGGUUUUGACUUACUUAUUGUUAUAACAAUUUUAUUUUAUUUAUUUAUUUUCAUUAUAAUAUGAUCAUGACCCAAAGUAAAGAUACCAAUUUACACAAUUAAAUAUUCAAUAUAAUAAGUGUGUUUAGAAUUAAUACAAAGAAGAUAUUUAAACCAAAAUACAUUAGGAUAUAUUUAAAAAGUAAAAAUUGGAUCUUCAUUGACAAUACACAUCAUUUGAAAAAAUAGUCAGUUACAAGAGUAGUUUGUCUUACAUAGUGGCAAAGAAUACAGUUAACACAAAAUUUAGUGUCAUUGGAACUAAUACAUUUUAUGUACAUUGCUUAGAUAAAUAUGUAUAUAUUUAGUGCAAAGAGAAUAAACCUAUGAUAAUUAUGAGAAAUUAUAGGAUUGUAUUGUUUUAUAUUAUAAAUUACUAGCUGUCCCACCCAGCAUUGCCCGGGGCGACUUUUUUAGUAUACAAAUUAGUAUUUCAAAAAUAUAACCAUUAUACCAGGUGAUCCAUUUAAUAUGUACAUAUGAGUGGGUACACUCAUAAUAUCUCGGAAAGUAUCAACUUUUUAUAGAAUUUGUUUUCUAGAACAUUUAAGAAACAAGUUAAUUCUUUCAGGAAUAAUGAGUGUACCCACUAGAAUGGAUCACCCAGUAGGUAUAUGUACGGUAUACUUUAUCAUUUUAAAAUAACGUUUGUAGUUAAUUAUUUUAUUGUCUAUCAUUUAACUCUCAAAUAUUCUUGAUUGGCCAACACGACAAUUGCAUCUUGAACGUUCUCGAUGCAUGACUGCCAGUCAGCUGUUAUCGGUUGUUACCGCAAAAUCAAAAUUAUUAAUUAAUACAUUAUAGAACACAUUGCAUGCUAACCCAUUGUACGCCUAAUUUUUAUAUACAGUAAAACCUUGUAACGGACCCUCUCUUAUGCAGAAAUUUCCUUAAAACAUAAAACACAACAGUUUUACAUAACCUAUAUCCCAUAUAUUUUAGUCCUUCUAUAAUGGAAAAAUCUAUUGGUACCAGACGAUUCUGUUUUAUUAUAUAUAAGAUAUAUAUUAUAUUGUUUAUUACAUAGCAUACUAACAUCACAAUCGAUAUACAAUUUGAUGAUAAUAUAAUCAUAGCUUCAGGCAUGAAUCCAAGAUGGUAUGCUGUCCCCCUGAAGUUUUUUUAUUGUCACAAAAUAACUAACAGAUAACAUAGCUUUAUAGCAAGUCAUUCAAUGUGCUCCUACCCUUGAAAUUCUAAUGGGUAAAUUAUUUCCAAACACUGGUUUAUGCUAUAUUAUAACACUAAUUAAUGUAUAAAUUCAAAAAAUAUAGGGUCAUUUAUUAGUUAACUUGAUAUUUAUACUACUACUGAGCUAUUAUUUAAACAAAUUAUAACAAAUUUGAGUUACAUCAUAAGUUUUUACUAGUAUAGCAUUAUAUUAUUUUAACUACAUAAUAUAUUAUAUUGUUUAUAAUUUCAGUCUUUGAAACCAAAACAAGGAGUUUUUUGUUUUUUAAUACAAGAUGCUAGGGAAACCAAAGAAAUUGAAAUGCCUGAACGAUAUGCAAAUACUUUUGUAUUAAAAGUAAUUAUUCUUAAAAACUUAUUUUAUUAUUCCAUUUGUAUUAUUAAAUAUUUGACUUCAUUAAGGAUGAAAACAGUGUAGAGUAUAUAAUUGAUGCCUUGAGUCCAGAAGAAAUGCGCCAAUGGCUUGCUACUGUAAAAUACUGUAUGCGGAAACGUGAUUGUGGUAUACAGGAUGACAUAAGGUUGAUAACAUUUUAUAACCUACCAAUAUUAUGCUUGAACUUAUUAUUAUCUAUUUAAUAAAAUAUGAAAUUAUUUUCUGUAGUCUUAUUGGUUCUGAUGGUGUAUUUGACACAUCAGUUGCACAUUCAAAUGAAACACUAUUAAGCUCACCCCAAAAUUCCACAAAUAAUUUGGAUAUUAUUGUUAACAAUGAUAUUGGUAAAUAUCAAAUAAUAAAUACUAAAUUUACGAAUUAGUGUAUUCAUGUUGAUUGCAUUGUAUGUUAUCUAUGUCUCUGGUAAUAUGUAGUAAUAUGUGUAUAGUAGUACAGUCCACCCAUACACCUUAUACUAAUUGACUGGCCUUGUCUAUAGAGUAGCUUUAGAAGUCACCAAUCAAACAUACAGCACUGAUAUAGCCUAGAUUAUAGGCAUCAGUGUUGCUAUUGGACAUCAAGUCUUGUACAAUAUACAGUAAUAUUGUGGGUAUUAUUUUAAUUUCUGAUUCUCAUUUCCACAAGCUAGUCUCCAGAAAAUAAUAUAUUCAGUGGUGGUUAUCCUUAAAAAAAAUAAACGAAAUAUGAAAAAUAAUCGCACAUCAAGGAUACAGGUAAGAAAGGGAGCCAUAGUAGAGAUUUUUAUAUUAUAUUGUAUAUAAUAUGAAUCCUAAAAUAGAAAUUGUUAGACGAUGCAUUUACUGUGGAUGAGAAUGAUAUCUGCAUAAUAAUAAUAAUUUUUGUGCAUACAAGAGAAGAAUCCUCUAUCUUUGACUACUGUCCCAAUAAUUAUAAAUAUAAACAAUGUAUAACAUUUAAGGCUACCUCCAUAAAGUUUUUUAAAGUUACAGGGAUAUAGGUGUGAUAACCACUUGUUCUUAGCUUAAGCAACGCUAUGCACCACUCGUCUCUCAACCUACAACCUGUAGAUCCAAAUUUGAUAUUAAUAUACGGAACUUAAUAUUUCAAAUAUAAAACUUAACUUUAAAAUAUGUGACUGGGACUUCAGCCAUGUCCAUUAGAUUGCAAUAUAAUGGAAUUUUCAUCAAAAAUAAACAUUGAUUUUAAUGAUUAAAUUUCAGAAUUUGUUUGUCAUAACUUCUUUAUUAGUUCGAAAUUGCACAGAUCACACUUUAAAUGUUAUAGAUAACAUACAAUGCCAGUUCCAUAUUUUUUAUAAUUGAAAUAUUUACAGUGUUGUUCUUUUCAUUUUUUUUUUUUAGAAAACGAUAUUUCGGCUUCUCUUCGUCUAUAUCCAUGGUUUCAUGGUAUGUUGGCUCGAUCUGAUGCUACCAAUUUGGUGUCACAUUUGGGCACUGACGGACAUGGAAUGUUCCUAGUUAGACAGUCUGAAACCCGAAAGGGUGAAUAUGUAUUGACAUUUAACUUUAAAGGAAAACCAAAGGUAUUUUUUAAGUUCUACAAUGAACUUUUAGUAUAAAAUGUUGUAAAAAUACUUUAAAUGGUACUUUAUGUUCAGCAUUUACGAAUGACACUAAACGACCAAGGACAUUGUCGAGUUCAACAUUUGUCGUUCUCUAGUAUACAAGAUAUGCUUGAACAUUUUCAAACACAUUUAAUACCAUUAGAAAACGGUGGGCCUGGUGAUGUCACUCUUAGAGACUAUAUACUUAAUACUCCUAUUAAAUAUGGUAUGCUUCCAACUAAUACUAAUUUGAACUUUAUCCUCAUUACACGUGAUCCAAAUACUCCACUACCUCAGAGUAUGGAACAUGGAUCAAGAGUCUCUGCGCCUCAGUUGUAUAGAGAAGUAUGUUUAUAUAGAAGUCAUUAUAAUAACAUGAUUGUAACAAAAAAUAUGAUUUUUUUUUUUCAGUUUAAGACAAUGUUAGGUCCUAUUAGAACUAAAACAAAAGACUUACAAACCGACUUUACCAAUCAGCCAACACCAGAACCAGGAGUUGGCAAUAUUGUAAGAGCAGUCAAUAAUCAGUAUACAUUAAGAUAGUUAUAAUGAAAUUCCACCUGUAUAAAUUUGUUCAGUAUUAAAUAAUAUUUUAUUAUUAUUAAUUGUUGAAAAAUAUGUCUUAAAAUUUUACUGAGUUUCUUCUCGUGUUUGUGUGUUUUUGUCUCUUCACUUUAAAUAUAAUUAAUUGAUUUUGUUUAAUAUUGUACAGGUUUUCAUAUUUUUUUGUUAUCUUAUUAAUUUUUUCAUCAAUUGAGGUUAAUUAACAAUUAAACAUGUUUAAAUACUAUAUUAAUAUCUGUAACUUACUAAUAAUAAUGUUUUAAGUUGACUAAAUACUUUGUAAAUUAUUAUUUAUGUCUCUUGUAAUUUGCAAUGUUUAUACAACUCCUAUUGUUAUUUCUAAUAUUUAAUUUUGAAUAUUUCAAUAGGAUAGUUAACUGAACUUUUUAUUUUUUUUGUAGUAUUUACAGAUCUAAUAAUUGUGUCAUAACUUAUUAAUAAGUAUUAAUGACUUUAUUAAUUACUUGAAUUUAUGUCCAAGUAUCCAAGAUAUACUAUACAUUAUGUAUAUUAUAUCUGAUGAUCGAUAGCCAUGUGUAAUAAAAAAUAACAUGCAAGACUGCUGAAAUACCAUAGGUUUAAAGUAUAAUGAAAUUACCUAAAUAUUUAAUAAAUAAGUACCUUAAAUAAAACAUCAUUAUAGACAAU